GUUUGUUUGGCUCGGACUCCUGGAACCGCGUGCUAUAACAGCAACCAAACGGCGGCGAUGCGGCUUUUCUCCGGCGUCCUCGAUUCUUCUUCCGCGUUUGCCUCCGCCGUCCUGGGCUCCGUGUCCGACCGCCUCGGAUUCUCGCGCGUAUUUUUCGGUCGAGCGAGCCCAUCCAGCAUGCCGGCUCUCGCUUGUGAAGCCGCGGCCUCGUCUUCUGCGGCAGCCGGUGCCGACCCCUGUGCCGGCGCCCAGAAACCAUGGCUCUUCGUCGGUCUGGGGAACCCCGGGCGGAUGUACAAAGGCACUCGGCACAACGUUGGCUUUGAGAUGAUUGAUGCUAUUGCAGAAGCUGAGGGCAUUUCAGUCAGCAGUAAGCAAUUUAAGGCGAUUGUUGGAAAAGGCCUCAUUGGUGAUGUCCCUGUAAUGCUUGCCAAGCCACAGACUUUUAUGAAUGCAAGUGGUGAGUCUGUGGGACAGUUGGUUUCAUACUUCAAGAUACCACUCAAUCAAUUAGUUGUGAUCUAUGAUGAUCUUGAUCUACCCUUUGCGAAAUUGCGUCUGCUACCAAAGGGGGGACAUGGUGGACACAAUGGGAUGAGGAGUAUUAUUGACCAUUUGAAACAAAGCCGCAAUUUCGCGCGUCUAAGGAUUGGCAUUGGACGGCCACCUGAGGAGCAGGGUGCUAUCAGUUUUGUUCUACAGUCAUUCACUGUUCAAGAAAAGGAAGAGCUUGAAGUCGUGUUCCAAAGAGGCUUGCAAGCAGUAAGAAUUAUGGUACAGGAAGGAUUCAACAAGAGCGCACAAUUUGUGAACACUCCACCCCCAGCAGAAAUGUUGAAUAGAUGAAAACCAAACGACACGGAUUAUUAGGUUUGCUUAGAUGUUAACACAAGGGCCAUUGCCGGCAAGAUAUAAUGUACCCUAAUUGAUCUGUAGAGGUUGUAAUUUGAUUACAAAGCAAGUAAUGUAAAUUAGAUACACAUAUUGUUUUCAGAUUACGGGGAUUAUUUGGAUUAGUGUCUUCUCUGUGUUUUUCUCCGUGAUAACUCAGUAUAUGUACUGCUCUAACGUUCAUCGAUCAACACCAUCAAACCCCAAAAUGUUCAACACUGUAUUCAGAUAACUGUUCUGAAGC